AUGGCCGCAACGCGAUAUAACUCGGGCGACCUCCGAAGGCAGGUCGGGUCGCCGCGUGCAAAGAACCGCGACACCAAGGAAACACUCUGCCGCAAUGUUGUUAUCUACGGACAUUGCCGAUGGGAGGAUUCUGGAUGUACCUUCAACCAUGACCAGAACAAGGCAUCCGGCUCACAGGCCGACCUCAACUCUAAUCGAAGAGUCUUCAAUGUCGAAUCCCCAUCCUUUACGCCAGCUAACCAGCAGCAACCAGCUGGAAAGAAGUCCACUUUUUCCUCCCAAGCUGCGAGUGCUGCCCCAUUCACCCCAAGGGGAGUUGGCACAUCCACGCCGACUCUACAACAACCGGGUGAUUCGACCAUAUUCAAUCCAGCGGCUAUCAGAGAGUUUACCCCGCAAAAUUACGAUGUCGGCAACACGAAUGGGGCACAAAACGUCACUCAGGACGGUGGUCUUUACAGCGACCCCUUCUCGAUAAGUUCACUGGGUCAAACUAUGCCGCCAACGGGCCAAUACAACCCAUACGCAAACGACCCAAACAAUCUGGCCGGUGCUGGGGCAGGAUUAUAUCAGCCCGCGGGUUUUGGCAAUGGGCUUGUCCAUCCACCUAACUACCAUCUCUAUCAACCACCAUCCGAGCUGUAUCGUCCAAGCCUUCAACCUUAUCAGCGAACUACGUACGACUUCUUCAUCCCGAAGGAUAGGCGAGAAAACUUGCAGAAGAAACUGUUCCAUAUGCAGCAAUUACUACCAAAUUCCGGGCUUCCUAAUCUUGAUCGCUGGCACUCGCUCUUCCCUCUCGAUACAAAGGCUACGAGGAACUCCACUUGCUUUGGCUAUCCUAGUUGGAUGUACAAAGCACAGAACAACAAGAAUGGGAGACACUUCGCCUUGAGACGUAUCGAAGGUUACCGCUUGACCAACGAAAAGGCCAUCCUCAACGUUACCAAGGAGUGGAAAAAGGUCAUCAACGCAAAUAUUGUUACCGUACACGAAGCAUUUACUACCGAAUUCUUUGGCGACAGCUCUCUGAUCUUCGUUUAUGACUUUCACCCUCUUUCGGAAACACUCUACGACCAUCAUUUUCCACCAAACAACGGCCACAACAGAUUACGGAAUACGAACAAGAUUCCUGAAAACGUUUUAUGGAGCUAUGUGUGCCAAAUAGCAAACGCGCUGUUGGCCAUCCACAAUGCCAAGCUGGCCGCCCGCUGUCUGGAGUUGAGCAAGAUCAUCUGGGAAAACAACCGCAUUCGGCUUGCGGCGUGCUCAAUCCUCGAUGUACUGCAUCAUGACAGCCCCAAUCGCAAAACGAUUGAGGAGCUGCAACAAGAGGAUUUUGUCAAGUUUGGUAGAAUCAUUCUUGCUCUGGCCACGAACACCCCGACGCUCAAUUUCAGCAACAUUGACACUGCUCUGGCUACCAUGGCGCCGCGCUAUUCGACACAAUUGAAGGGAGUCUUGGAAUGGCUCAUCAAGCCUUCUGCUCCAGGGGAAACCAAGACGGUUGAGACCCUUCUUGGCGGAAUGACAACACACCUCGCGAACUUUGCCAAUUUUGUCAUGCAGGAGUCCGAUGAAAAAGAAUUUCAUCUUAUGAGGGAGUUGGAGAAUGGCAGGAUUGCCCGCCUCAUGUUCAAACUGUCUGUUGUUAAUGAGCGGGGUGAUUCCUGCGGAGUGCACAACUGGUCGGAAACCGGAGAGCGCCUCCUCCUAAAGCUAUUCAGGGAUUAUGUUUUCCACCAAGUGGAUGCCGACGGAAAGGCUCGGCUCGACACGAAUCACUACCUUAGUUGCUUGAGCAAGCUCGACGCCAGCUCCGAAGAACAGAUCUUGCUCACCAGUCGCGACAAUGCCACGGUUUUCGUGGUCAGCUACAGGAGUAUACGACAGAUGUUGGAUCGUGCGUAUGGCGAGCUUGGAAAGGAAAGUAAACCCAACACGACGGGGGCUACCAUCUAG